AUGGGUGACAACAGGCGCCCAUUCUCGCACCCGGCGACCAUCAAAGAAGCCAUUUCUGAUCAUUCCCUCAUCCACGAGCAGGGCUUCAUUGGAGGCCAAUGGGUCAGUGGUACAAAAACAUUCCCCGUCUACAACCCUGCGACAGACAAAGUAAUUGCCAACAUCGCUGAUCUCGGGGCCAAAGAUUUCAAGACAGCAAUCAACCAUGCUGAAGCAGCUUUCAAGGAAUUCCGGCUCACAAGCGAACAUGCUCGCUCCAAGAUGUUGCACAAGUGGGCAGCGUUGAUCCGCCACCACGCCCAUGACCUCGCCGUCAUUCUGACGUUGGAGAACGGGAAAACCCUACCAGAAGCUGCGGGAGAGGUCGAGUAUGGUGCCUCAUUCAUCAGCUGGUUCGCAGAAGAAGCUAUCCGCUCCUACGGCGACGUGAUACCUUCUCAGCAUGCUCAAAGUACCAAUCUGGUAGUCCGCCAGCCCAUUGGUGUCUGCGGCAUUAUCGCACCUUGGAACUUUCCCAUCGCCAUGGUCACGCGAAAACUCGGACCUGCGAUCGCUGCAGGUUGCACUGUGGUCAUCAAGCCACCCUCCGAAACACCCCUGUGCACCCUUGCCUUGACUUACCUCGCACAGCAAGCCGGUAUGCCGCCCAAUGUUAUCCAGGUGGUGCCUACGAGAGACCGAUCUGCCACCACGGAGCUCUACACCAACCCGAUCGUGAAGAAGGUCUCCUUCACCGGCUCCACUCCUGUCGGCAAACUGAUCACGGCAGCGGCGGCCGGGACGAUGAAAAAGGUGUCGAUGGAGCUGGGUGGAAACGCACCGUACAUUGUCUUUGACGAUGCCGACCUCAGUCAGGCAGUUGAUGGUGUUCUGGUGUGCAAGUUCCGCUGCUCUGGUCAAACUUGCGUCUGCGCCAACAGGAUCUAUGUGCAACGGGGAAUACACGACCGGUUCGUGGAGGCGCUGCUGGAGCGCAUGCGCACCUUCAAAAUUGGCUCAGGUCUGGACCCUUCAGUCACGCACGGGCCACUCGUCAACCGGGCUGGGGUGGCCAAGGUCCGCGCACACAUUGAUGACGCCGUCAGCAAGGGGGCUCAGCUGAUCGUUGGCGGUCGGGUGCCAGGGGAGAACAGCACCAAUGGCCAGGGUUAUUUUAUCGAACCGGCACUGCUGACUGGCGUCACUCAGUCGAUGCUGGUGGCCAAGGACGAGACGUUUGGCCCGCUGGCGCCCAUCAUCAUGUUUAACACGGUGGAGGAGGUCAUUGCCAUGGCCAACGACACCGAGUUUGGCCUCGCUGGCUACUUCUUCGCCAACGAUCUGCGCAAGGUCUGGAAGGUCGCCCUCGCCCUCGAAGUCGGUAUGGUGGGCGUCAACACCGGCAAGAUCAGCGCCGCAGAGGCGCCCUUCGGAGGUAUCAAAGAAAGCGGCUUGGGGAAGGAGGGCAGCAUGUACGGCCUGGCUGAGUUCCAGGUUAUGAAGAAUAUAACUUUGGGAAAUCUGGGCGUUUGA